AAAUGAUUUUAAUUCUUUGUUCGGUACGAUAACAUUCCGAAUAGCCUUUAACGUAAUCUUAUCUGACGACGGAUUAUUAAAUUUUCCAUAUACGUGAUUUCGGUAACUAUAAGCGAUUGUGGUUGAUAGAUUUUGGUUGUAUUUGACGUAUAUUAUUUUACAUAUUAAAAAACUAUUUAUGUUCUAUUAUUUAUUCUUUGAAUGGGUCACAUAACAAAAAAAUAAAACAUGGGGGUCACGAAUUCAAAAAGGUUGAAAACCACUGUGUUAGAUGUGGGCACAAAAUCCUCUUAACGCUUUUUAACUCCUUUUAACCCUUGCAGGAAUUUUCUUCCGUUGUGUUCGAAAACAAACAAAAGUCAACAGCACAGUGGAGCUAAAAAGCCAUCUUCCGUUCUCUGGUAUAGGAACGUUUAAAAAAUCCACUGUGAACAAGACCACAGUCAUGUCAGUUUUUCUACAUCGUAACGUUUAUUAGUUAUUACAACGAAAUGUAAUCUUAUAUGUUGCUUUCUGUACACAAAGUACAUAAUAUUAUCAUUACUACUAUAGUUCAGAAAGAAAACCAACUUCGAGUCGUAGUCGCCUCGUGACGCCAAAAAGCACCACCAAUAUAUUAUUAAAGGUAAAUUUCAGACCACAACUGUGAAUUUUCUUUUAUCACCUGCAUUGUCUCGUCUUCUGUUCGGUCGGGUUGAAACUAAACGGGUUGCGGGAGGUCGGCUAAAUGAUAUACCUAUGUAUAAUAAUAAUAAUAUGUGCACUGCAUGCGGCGGGGUGGCUGUUUGUGGUGGAGGGUGGUGGUUUGCGGUGGUAGAGCGGUUUGUGGUGGAGGGGCGGUUUGCGGCGAAAGGGGUCGUGGGUUUUCGUAGGGACGGGCCGCCGGCGCGACGGCGUAUAAAGUGCGCCGCCGUCGCGCCGCGCGCGUUCCUUUGGGCGACUACACACACCACGCCACUAUCCGCGCGUACGCACACCACCGACCGACCGAGUCCAUCUCGUCCACGCCAUUCAGUCGCACAACUGUUGCUCGACCGACCACGCCGCCGUUCGUGCCCCUCCCCCGCUGUGGACAAUCGUCAGAGUGAAAAUGUUAUCGUCGUGGAUCGUGAAUAAUAAUUUUAAAUAAAAUCUUCGCCGCCGUAUCGUCGUCGUCGUCUUAAUUUUCACCUGGUCUCACUUAUCUCCGAUCGUCUCCUCCGUCCGGUCAACUAUCAUCGGGUCGGUCGUCUGGAUGUGAGUGCGUUUUUCCAGUGCGUUCAUAUAUUUUUUUAUUGUUAAUCACUUGCGAGACGGCCCUGAUAGGCGCGAUUUUAUAUGACGCCACGAUGACGCUACGGUCAACGAUCGGUGAGACGACCACCGCCGAUGCCACGGUGACGACCACGACCACGACCACGGUUAUUGUUGUCGCCGUGUACGCGAACCGGAUAAUGCCGAAAUCCCACUGAACCCGUCGCGACGCCUGAGUGCUCAACGUAUAUUCAUACACGUCCGUAGUCGUUAUUGUUGUUGGUGUUAGGUUGACAGAAAAUAAACUUAUAACCGGAUUUGCGACGCACGUCCCGGAGACCACGUGGCCAUACUGAUGGUUGUCCUCUGACGGUUUCGCAGUGGCGACUCGUACCGCCGCCGUCUCAGCCACGGCAAACGUUGUCUCAGCAGCCACUAUUGCCGCCGACAACACCGCCGCCGCCACUGAGGCCGACACUGACAUCGAAGCCGACAUGACGUCGCACUUCGCCGAUCGGAGGUCGUGAGUACGCCAGCUGGCGUACCGCGCUCAGAAAGCCAUGUGCACGGCGGCCACCGGAUGUUGGCGUGGCCGUUUUGUGUCGACAUGAACCGCGCCGAAGAGGUGCAGCUGUUUCGCAAGUCCAGGGAAGUAUCACUGAGGAGCAACGGCAGUGGAACAGGGACCGGUGGGGCGGGCGGGUCGCCCAUCGUCGACAGGGUCGCGUCCACCGAACUGAAGCAGCUGCAGCAACAGCAUCAGCAACGUCCACGCGUUGGAUGUACGGGCGGCGUUGGCGGGAUCGGUGGCGGCGGCGGUGGUGGCCAACCGGAAGUGGACUGCGACGAGCGGCGUCGGCAACAGCGGUUUGACGGUGGCAAGCAGGAAGCCGCACCGGACCAACAGGUCCGGCCACCGCACCACCACAGGCGGAUGCCCAGGUUCGGUGAGGCGCACCACCGGCGGGUGCCCACGCCGCUCAAGAAGCGCCGGCAGCCGCGCGAGGACUUCGCCGACCCGCCGACGCCGAGCAGCGAUGCCGACGACGCGGCCAUUGUCGAGGUGGUGACCGCCGGCGGCGAUGCCAAACCACCCGCCCCGCCCGGUGUCCCCGACCCAUAUUACCCAAUUUACCUGCCCAUCGACCAGGCGUUCAAGGCCAAGUACGUGUUCCACCAGCGGAAGGGCAAGACUUUCCAGGAGAAGGUCUACGUGUUCCUUGAACACCCGUGCGGAUGGAUCUGUUUCAUUUACCACUUCGCUGUGUUCAUGGUCGUUUUGGUGUGCCUGAUUUUCAGCGUACUAUCGACGAUCGACGAGUAUUCCGGGUUUGCGAACGAGACGCUAUUUUGGAUGGAAAUUUGCCUGGUCGUGUUUUUCGGCGUCGAGUAUAUGAUACGAUUAUGGUCAGCCGGUUGCAGGUCCAAGUACAUGGGCACUUUCGGCAGGUUCCGUUUCGUCCGGAAACCCAUAUGCAUCAUCGAUCUAAUCGUUGUCGUAGCGUCAAUCGUGGUCUUAUCGAUCGGUUCCAACGGACAGGUGUUUGCCACAUCGGCGAUAAGAGGCAUUAGGUUUCUACAAAUAUUGAGAAUGCUUCACGUGGACCGUCAGGGUGGUACAUGGCGGCUUCUCGGCUCAGUUGUAUUUAUUCAUAGACAAGAGCUCAUCACUACGUUGUACAUAGGAUUUUUAGGUUUAAUAUUUAGCAGCUACUUUGUUUACCUUGCUGAAAAAGAUGCGGUCAGUAAGGACGGGAAAUCCAGAAACGAUUUUUCCAGCUACGCGGACGCGCUCUGGUGGGGAGUGAUUACCGUUACGACGAUAGGUUACGGUGACGCAGUGCCUCAGACGUGGAUCGGCAAGAUCGUCGCCUCGUGUUUCAGCGUAUUCGCGAUUUCGUUCUUCGCUUUACCAGCUGGCAUAUUGGGUUCUGGGUUCGCAUUGAAAGUGCAGCAAAAACAACGGCAGAAGCAUUUCAACCGGCAAAUACCUGCGGCCGCGAUGCUGAUACAAUGCCUGUGGAGGUGCUACGCGGCGGAUAAAUGUUUCAACAGCCAAGCCACUUGGGACAUUUACAUCAAGGAACCGGGACACCCGAAAGAUAACUCGUCGUUGAGUAAAUCUUUGAUCAUGCAAGUAGCGAAGCGCGCCAGCGUCUUGAAGCGGAAGAGAUCAAAAAGCAAAAUGGACACACCCGGAGCGACGAAUAAUAAUAGGGAUUGCCCGCAAGCUCAAACUUUACCCCCACCGCCCAGAAGGGAAAGUGACGGAGAAGUCGUUUUCUACAUAGAAGAACCCAAAGCGACCACUCCAAAUCGUGUUAGAAGAGAAGCUAGAGGAUAUGUCAGCCAGACGAGUUCCGUGACGGAAGCUGCAAGCGACGAAGUCGACUUGGAAAUGGAACCAGAGCGAGUGACCACGUUAACCGACGUACACAAAAAUGCUAUUCGAGCUAUUAGAAAGAUCAAAUAUUUUGUAGCCAGAAGAAAAUUUCAACAAGCUAGAAAACCAUACGAUGUACGUGAUGUUAUCGAACAAUACAGCCAAGGUCAUUUAAAUAUGAUGGUUCGAAUAAAGGAAUUACAAAGAAGGUUAGAUCAAACGCUCGGAAAGCCAGGAAGCUACCUGGCAGGAAUUGACCGAUCAGGCAAUGUUAAGCCUAUGACAAUUGGUGCUCGUUUGUAUAGACUAGAACAGCAGCUAUCCAUUAUGGACAAGAAGCUGGACCAGUUGGUGUACCUUUUAAACGUCCAAACGCACAGACAACAGUUUCCGGCCUUAGAAGAACAAGUUUAAACGUUUUAAAAUAAUAUCAAAACGUCUCUUUUUCAUAGAUCACCCGACCAAUGUUAUUAUUUUAUUAAGGAACAAAACAAACUUCUUACAGUCACGCAAAAUUAAUGUACACAUAUCUUUGACUAAAAAAAGCUUUAUCUGGUAAUUUUAUCCUUUCGAUGACGUAACAACAUUAUUGGUUGUUGAAAGACAAAAACUGUAAUAAUAAAGACAAAUAAUAAUAAUAAUAAUAAUAAUAAUAAUAACAAUAAUAAUAAUAUUUAGACGAAAAUAAAUAUUUUUAUGAGAACCCUUGUUUGAAGCAUUCUUAUGACGGAACCUAAUUUUAGGCUAAUGCACAAUAAAAUUAUUAAUAAUAUAUUAUAUUUAAAUAUAAUUAUCGUUAAAUAAAUCUAAAACACUAUUUUUCUAUGUCUAUUUAAUACAAAAAUCGUACUUGAAUUAAUAUUAUAAAUAUAUUUAAUUAUUCUAACAAUAAAAUGUUAAAAUAUGCUUUGGCAGUAAUUUAGUGUAAAUCACUUAAAUAAAUAUCUCUCAUAAACACUUAAAUAUAAAAUAAAAUUUAGUUAUUAGUUUUUUUUUAUAUAACGACUGGUGAUUCCUUUAGGCUUAAUUAAUUCGAAUUUUAUACAUUCUUAGGGUUACAUGGAUAUUGAUAUGUGGUAGUUGGUAAAAACAAAUUGAGCUUAUAGGUGUUAGGUAUAGUUUUAAUCAAAUAAUCUGUUAUUUAUUGAAAUUAUAUUUAUUUAUGUGGCAGAGCGUAAACAUUCUUCAAACGUUUAUUUGAUAGUAAUUCAAAAAAGCAAUAAUUAAAAACAUUUACUCGGUGUUCAAACGAAUAAUAAUAAUAACGACAAACCCAAACCCUUAAUAUAAUCAACAUCUACCCAGUUUGUUUUUAUUUUACAUUUCGAAAUCGAUAAGUUUCAGAAACUUCUUUAUUUAUAUGAAAUAUAUUUUCUUAUUUUAAUCUGUAUCUAAACCGUAUCCCUGAAAGUUUCCCGGCUCGCACAGUGACCAAAAUUAGUUUGAAAAUUAAACAAUCAAGUAUAAGACUAAAAUUAAAACAUAUUAUUUUUCAUAAUAGAAUACUUUUUUUUCAUUUUCUUUUUUUAUUGGGACCAAUAAACUCCAAUAACAAGGAUAAUUUUAAAACGUUAUAUCAAAAAAUUCUAAAAAAAAUAUGUAAUAAUUAUUAUAAUAAAAGUUAAAAUUGAGUGUACCGUAUUAUUACCUACCUAUGUAUUUAGAAAAAAUAUGUUCUCAUUUCAUUCGAACACCAAUAAUGCCAUAUAGUUUUAAUCAACUAUUAUAUUAGAUUGAAUAUCAUACAAAUUACGAGUUAACAAAAAAUAGAUUUUUAAAAAAAUAAAAAUAAUUUAAAACUUUAUAUACGUAGUUUUAUCUGUCGAGUUUAACAAAUAAGAAGUUGACUACGUUAGGUACAUUUUUUCACAAUUACUAAAUUCGAAAUAAAAUCUUCAUGUGUAUAGGUACUUUGCAGUGUUUUCAACAUUAUCAUCUACAAAUGAAAACAACCCGCUUACGUUCAAUUACGAAUCGGAAAUAAAUAAAAUAAUAAUUUUUUUGUAUGAAUACUUAAUGUAAUUUACUGUUCUAUUGCUCCCUAUUAUGUUUGUGUACCCUGAAACAAGACAAUAGGUUAUAACUU